UGUGGAUGCAAGUACCGAGCUGUCAGCGCGUACAUCCACACACCAAAGCCACUGACUCAACAUGGAGAUGCCUGCUAAACUCAUGUUCCCCAUCGUGGUUGUUUCCGUGCUGAUCGCCUGCAGUCCCACAGAGGGAUGGUACAAACAGGUGGCCGGUCCAAGUUACUACUCCGUGGGAAGAGCGUCCGGUUUGCUGUCCGGGAUCCGAAGGUCACCGUACGGGAAGAGAGCCGAACCGGACCCGUUAGACAGCUCGGAAUCUGCGGCCAACAGCAUCUUUUCUGAACUAACACCGCGCAAUUUCAUCCUAAAGACAAUGCCCAUCUGUAUCAAAGACAUUACACCAAAUCUGCAGAGCUGUGAAUUCUUCCAGGAAAGUAAAGCUUCAUUCAAGUGCACUGCAGAUGUCUUCCUCUCUCUGGACUCCUCAGACUGUGCAGGAGACUGAGCAGUGAAGCUAACAGCUACUCUGGGUGAUGGAGCUGAACUUCCAAAGGCAUGAGACUGAAGUACUGGGCAUGAGGUUCACACACAGGGGGCACUGCAAGACAUCUUUUUUUUCCCAGUUUUUUUUUUUUUCCUUGUUAAAAAGUAUAUUGUAUAUUUAUGUACAUUUCAUUAAUAAAUGACUCAUGCAGCAGGUGAUUGUUGGAAUUACUGGAUACAAAAUGAAUUACAAAUAAACGUUUCCUCCCAUCAGUGGGUAAAUAUA